AUGCUAGAGCAAAAAGGAUUAAUUAAGCUGUGAUAUAACGGAUAUAAUAUUUGCGGACAAAAAAUUUACAAUCUUUACUCAAUAAUGAACUGCAUAAAUAAAGGAAGAAUCCAAAAUAGCAAUCCUUUCAAGCCUUAUUGAACCUUUGCUAAUGGCCUUAAUCCACUGGUGCCAGCAUUUAAUGACCUACAAUCUUAUGAUGAAUUAUUUGAAAUAAUGAGAACUGGCUAUCUUGAAUUGUCAAGAGGAAUUAAAGCUAUAUAA